CUGCGUUGAACAGGUCCCGGCCAGCGUAGCGCAGCCGCAGUGCCGACUCCGGCUUCCCUCCCCGUGUCGUUCCGAUGCCCUUCUUGUGCUGAGUCUCAUUGAGUUUCCGCUUCUUCUUUCCCGCACCAUGUUCAGAGCCGCUGUUCGAUACACAGCCUUCGGUAUUCGGAGCCUGGCCCGGACUCGCCAGCAGCACAGCGCUCCCGUGGUUUCCCGCUGUUAUUCACAUGGCAAGCAGGAAACGGAUGAAGAGUUUGAUGCCCGCUGGGUCACUUAUUUCAACAAACCCGACAUCGAUGCCUGGGAGCUGAGAAAAGGCAUGAACACCCUAAUUGGUUACGACCUGGUACCUGAACCAAAGAUCCUUGACGCUGCCCUGCGGGCUUGCCGGAGAUUAAAUGACUUGGCGAGCGCAAUCCGCAUCCUCGAGGCCGUCAAGGAUAAAGCAGGACCUCACAAAGAUAUCUACCCCUACGUAAUUCAGGAACUGAGGCCUACCCUGGAUGAAUUAGGCAUCUCCACACCAGAAGAAUUGGGCAUUGACAAAGCAUAGACCUCAAUCCCCUGGGCUGAUCUCCAGAGGACUGCUGUCAACAGUGUAAAACACUUGUUCACUGCACUUGAAGUCUUGGCCUUGUAUGCCCAUGUUUGUGUGAUAUUUACAUCGGCCUUUGUUGUGUCCUAUUGUAUGUAAAAUGAUGGACCUAAUAAAGGAAAAAUAAUUUAAAAAACAAGAAAA